AUGCCAAUCACCGAAUUCGCAUCCCUCUCGUUGAUCCCCCCUAAUACACUCUCCGACCCGCAUGUAGUAGAUCUCUUCUCCAAAGUUUCUUCCUGGCAAUUAUCCUCUUCGGGUUAUUCAUUAACCUUCUUCACAAAUCCGGCAGAGCCUGCUGAGAUCUACCUCAUCACUGGAUGGGAUGAUGUGCGCGCUCAUGAAAAAUGGAUAGCCAGCUCCAAAAAUCAGGAGCUUCUUCAAAUCGCGGAGGGGUUCCUCAAUAUUAUUGGAAUGGUUCACUUGGACCUGGAU